ACCCCUGGGCCCCCCAUGGCAGAGGAGCAGGCCCCUCAGGCCAGAAAGCCAGAGCUGCCAGCCUACUUCGCCUCCUUGGGUUCGGGCGGCAGCCCCAAGGCCAGGCACAAAUGCGGCGGCGUGUUCUGCAACGUGAAAGACGCCUUCGAGAAUAAGACCCUGACCUCCUCUUCGCCGAGCCUCGCCGAGAGGGGCGGCCGCCGACCUUCCAGCUCCCCCCGGGCCAGCGAGACUCACAGCAGUCCCCCCGAGGCCACCCAGGAGGGCGCGGGACCCUGCGAACCCAACGCUCCAUCUGCCGCUGGGGUUCCUCCGAACCAGCCCCAGCCCUGUUCCCCAGAACCACGCCAGUCUCCUGGCUUUGCCCGGGGGCUCACUGAGCCGGAAGCCCAGCUCUGGACCGGGGAAGGGGGGCCGAAGCCCCCCCCUUUGCACCCUUCGAACUUGGCCCAGGGGAGGGGGAGAGGUAUAGAGGAAGACUUCGGGGGCUGGACUGAGCCUGGUGGAGCUCCGCCCUCCGCUCGCCUUUCCCGCCCCCGCCCACCAAGGCUCCCUAAACCAGGCAGCAUCUGCUGGCCUGGAAGGGGCGGAGCCAGACCCAGAGGCGGGGCCAGGACCGGGGCGGGGCCAGGCCCGAGGGCGGGGCCACCAGCCUCAGAACAACAGUCUCCCCGCCCGCACACUUUGCGCCCGCGCACAUACAAGCACGCAGCCUUCCAAACCCCGCGGCGUCUGGGAACCCGGGGAAGCGUCCCUCACUCCCCUCCCCCACAAAGUCUACCUCGAACCCUCGCCCCUCCCCCUAGUCCCAGGAACUCCCUGACGCCGCGCGGACCUUGGCAGACACCCCGGCAGAAGCGGGAGCGCGGCGGGCCUGCUGGGGGUCUUCGGGGGCUGAACAUGUCGUACCAAGGCAAGAAGAGCAUUCCCCGGAUAAUGAGUGACCGACUUCUGAUCAAAGGCGGGAAGAUAGUCAACGAUGAUCAGUCAUUCUAUGCUGACAUAUAUUUGGAAGAUGGCUUGAUAAAACAAAUCGGAGAAAACCUCAUUGUUCCCGGAGGUAUCAAAAUCAUCGAUGCCUACGGCCUGCUGGUCCUGCCCGGCGGGAUAGACGUCCACACGCGGCUGCAGGUCUCCGUCAUGGGGAUGAGCUCUGCCGAUGAUUUCCAUCAUGGCACCAAGGCCGCCCUAGCCGGAGGGACCACCAUGAUCUUGGACCACGUGCUCCCUGAACCCGGGGUGAACCUGCUCACUGCCUAUGACCAGUGGCGAGAAGCUGCCGAUGGCAAAUCAUGCUGUGAUUACUCCCUGCACAUCGACAUCACCCGCUGGCACGAGAGUCUCAGGGAGGAGCUGGAGGCCUUGGUGAAAGACAAAGGUGUGAACUCCUUCCAAGUCUUCAUGGCCUAUAAAGACAAAUACCAGUGUACUGAUGGCCAGAUGUAUGAAAUUUUCAGCAUCAUCCGAGAACUGGGAGCCAUCGCACAAGUUCAUGCCGAAAAUGGAGACAUUAUUGAUGAGGAACAGAAACGAUUGUUGGACCUUGGGAUCACUGGACCAGAGGGCCAUGUUCUUAGCCACCCUGAGGAGGUGGAGGCAGAGGCUGUGUACCGAGCAAUCACCAUCGCCAAGCAGGCCAAUUGCCCCCUCUACGUCACCAAAGUGAUGAGCAAAGGAGCAGCAGAUACAAUCGCUCACGCUAGGCGCAAGGGGACUGUUGUGUAUGGAGAGCCCCUCGCCGCCGGCCUGGGCACUGACGGCUCCCACUACUGGAGUAAGAACUGGGCCAAGGCUGCAGCCUUUGUCACCUCCCCCCCGAUAAGCCCGGACCCCAUGACGCCCGACCACCUCUCAUCUCUGCUCGCAAGUGGGGACCUGCAGGCUGUUGGCAGUGCCCACUGCACCUUCUCCACGGCUCAGAAAGCCGUCGGCAAGGACAACUUCACGCUGAUUCCCGAAGGCACAAAUGGGAUUGAGGAGAGGAUGGCCAUCGUUUGGGAGAAAUGCGUGGCCUCGGGAAAGAUGGACGAGAAUGACUUUGUGGCCGUGACCAGCACGAACGCCGCCAAGAUCUUUAACUUAUAUCCUCGGAAGGGACGGGUGGCCGUGGGGUCUGACGCGGACCUCGUCAUAUGGAACCCCAAAGCUGCCAGUGUCAUCUCCGCCAAGAGCCACCAUCUGAACGUGGAGUACAACAUCUUUGAGGGAACCGAGUGCCGAGGGGCCCCCACUGUGGUCAUCAGCCAAGGGAAAAUCGUGCUAGAAGAUGGGAAUCUAUUUGUCACGCCAGGAUCGGGGCGCUUUGUUCCUCGGAAAACCUUCCCGGACUUCGUCUAUAAACGGAUCAAAGCGAGAAACAGGCUGGCCGAGAUCCACGGCGUGCCCAGGGGGCUCUAUGACGGGCCCGUCCAGGAUGGGAUUGUGUCAGCCAAGGCAGCGGCCCCAGCCCCGGCCUCCAGGAUCACCUCCUGCCCCGGCAAGAUCAGCGUGCCCCCCAUCCGCAACCUGCACCAGUCUGGCUUUAGCUUGUCCGGCUCUCAAGCUGAUGACCACAUUGCCCGGAGGCCGGCCCAGAAGAUCAUGGCUCCUCCGGGAGGACGGUCCAAUAUCACAUCUCUAUCCUAGGGAGGCCGCGCCGGCCCUCGGCCCCGCUUCUCAUUGGCCACCUACUAAACUCCCCUUGCGAAGGGCCCUGCUCUGCCCCUUCUCCCCACCGUAGGCCUUCCUUUCUGAGCACUUUGGGUCCCAGUGUGAGCCACCAGCCCGAGAAAAGGCAGCCCCGGGAGUUGGCGCUGGCCGGGCCCCCAGAGCCGGAGCCAGCUGCUGCCCGCCUUCCUCCUCCAAGGAAGAGCACGAGGAGGCAGCUGCUUCAGAGACCCCCGCUGGGCAUGGGCUGGGCACCAAACCCUAAAUGCCCCUCGUCCAAUGCCUUUCCAUCUCCUUGGGCAUUGACCGCGCGUCUGCCAUGGGCUGAACCCUGGGCUGAGCACAGAGACACAAAGACAAAACUGAAACACUCUUUACCCUUAAGUAGCCUCCCCCACAGGCCCCCGGGAGCCUGCCCAGCAUGCCUGCUGCCCGGCGUGCCCCUGCCCGGCAAAUGACCCUCACUCUGUUCUAACAGGGCAGGACCCCCAGCCCUGCCCCCAGCCAGGACACUGCCAGAGCACCAUCGAGCCCUCCAGGGCCUGGCCUUAAGGCCUUGGCAGCCACAGCCGGGCACUGCCAAGCGCCCGCUGCUGCCCGUUUCCAGGCAAACGUUAGGACCCGUGAGCUCGCCGGUGAUGGCCACCGAGCCCGGCUGCCGAGCGAGCCUUCUCCGUAGUCCGCUACCGAUGCAUGCUAGCGCUAGAGCAGACCCCGUGUCCCCGCCGAUCGAUGAACUGGACCAAGCCCCCCCCCCCAGCUGGGCUUCUUUGGCCCACUCGCCCUAUUUCUUGCAUGGGAUCUUUGGGAGCACCGUGCCCCCUCCUCCCCCACUGCGCCACCCCCCGGCCUUCACCUGUCUCAGGCCCUCAAACAACCCUUCUAAUAAAGGUGCGUCCCCCACCCCC